GAGGGUGGAAAACAACAAUAAAAAUGCAUUGUUUGUAGAAGAAAUUCAUAUCUGCGUAUUCUUACAGCAAGUUUAUGUUUGUUAGCUUUAUACAAAGGACAGGAAAAUAGCAUUUCUAAGCGCAGUGUAAAGUUGCAGAUAUUUAGUUGAUAACUGGAAGAGCAAAUUACAAAAUUACGAAGAGAAUGAUUCUUUCAACGUUACGUCGUACUUUUCAAAAAUAUCCUCUCGCAGCAAAUAUAGUGACUUUUACCAGUUUAAUCAGUGGAGCGGAUCUGGCUUGUCAAGCUAUCGAACAUAAAAACUUGAACCGCGUGGAUUGGACACGACUUCGAAACAUGGCCACCGUGGGGUUUGUUUACUAUGGACCAGUAUACUAUUAUUAUUAUGGAUUUUUAGAUCGUAAAUUUCCAGGUAAAUCUCCAAGAAGUAUACUUUUAAAGUUAGCUAUAGAUCAAUUUUUAUUUACCAUACCAAGUUUAUGCAUAUUUUAUGUUGGAAUGGGAAAACUUGAGCACAAACCAUGGCAUGCAACUAAAGAUGAAUUAAAACGAAAACUUUUACCAACAUAUGUUACAGCCUGUAUGUUUUGGCCUGCAGCACAAGUUAUAAACUUUGCGUUUGUUCCUCCAGUAUUACGUGUUGUUUAUAUGUCCGGUGCAUCUUUUAUUUGGCUAAUCUGUUUGUCAUACAUUAAAAACCAACCGCAGUUACCGCAAAUUCUUCAGAAGAUUGAAGAUUUAACUUCUGGUACGACAAAACAUAAAGCUGUGGAAAAAUGAUAUAUAGAAUUAUUCAUGAUUAAUGUUUUUACUGUGGAAGUUUAGAAACAAUGAUACAAGCUUGGUGAGUCCGCCAUCUUUUCAGAACUAAAAAGGAAAGAACAAAGGAAGAUGUAGCCACAGAAUCGUUUACACACUCGCCUCUUUCUUCAUGUCGGUUACGUCAGAAUAAAAAAUACAUUUUAAAUAUCUCUGUAAUAAUAGCUGUUAUCUGUUUGUCUCUGUGCGAUCACCACGCUAA